GUCAUGUCCAUGUCCAUGUCCAUUUCCGCUUCCAUUUCCAAUCCCAUCUGCGUUUCCCAUCCGGCCGCAUCCAGAGCUCUGUCGACUCUCUCAGGCUACCGACUGUCGAGCUCACUCCUCGCCCUCUCCCAGUGUUCGCUCAUCUCUCACCAUUGCCGGGUUGCUCUCGUAUCAAGUGACACACAUAUCUCCACCAAGGGCGUGCGCCAUCCUUUUCUUUCAACAUGAUUCUGGAAGAACAGCGCUUUCUCCAUGAGGAUCUGGAGCGUCUGGAGCAAGGUAUUGCCGACCGCAUUGGCGAAGAGCCCAAAAACAUACGCGAUCGUCUCACACGCGACCAUCAGGUCUCACAGUUCCUUGAUCGCAUCUCUUCACAAUCAACCAAGCUUCUCUCCAUAUACAAAGACACCGAUGCCUCGCGCUCCAAAGAAAUCCAGCAAAUCGGCACUGGCGACCCCAUGGACCAGUUCUACAAGCAGCUCGCCGACGUGAAGCGCUUCCACUCAAAGUACCCCAACGAGCCUGUCGAGAACCUCGAGCGCGCAUACAAGCCCAAGAAGAACCCCGACGCCGAUGCCGUCACCACCAUCGUCGACUCCAUGUUCACUGGAGAGGAGAACUAUGGCCGCUUCUUCGAUCUGCACACCUGCCACGAGUCGUACCUGAACCUGCCCAACGCAAAGCGGCUCAGCUACCUACAGUACCUCGAUCUUUUCGACAACUUCUCGCCCGGCGCUGGCGGCGUCAAGAGGAGUGACAAGAUCACGGAUCAAUAUUUCCGAUAUGUUGGCGCACUCGCCCAAUACCUUGAGGCCUUCAUGCGCCGGACUCGCCCGCUAGAGAACGUCGACAAGGUCGUCGCAGACUUUGACACGGAGUUUGCAUCGACUUGGGAGAAAGACGACGUCGAAGGCUGGAAAAUCGACGCCGCAGAAUCAGCCGCCGCCUAUCAAGCAAGUUCCACCGACGCCCUCUGGUGCCCUGACUGUGAAAAGGAGUUCAAGAAUGAAAACGUCUACAAUAGUCAUCUGUCCGGGAAAAAGCACGUCAGAGCUGCAGCCGAGCGGAAGAAGCGUAUAGAAGAGCUUGGCGAGACCAACGGGAACUCGACCGGCCAACCCAGGGGCGGCGAAUCUGCAGCCCGGUUGAAAGAACGCGCCAUUGCCGAGAGGGAGUUCAGGGUCAAAAAGCUUGCAGCCGCCAUGAGUACCGAGCGCAGUGACUCGAGGGUCAACGUGGAGCGGAAGCAGGGAAUGACAGAUCGCGAGCGUCAGCAAGAACUCGACAACCUGUACAGCUCGACAACGACUGCCGCCCAAGGCCCCGAGAACGAGGAGGACGACGAGGGCGACGACGAGGAUAAGAUAUACAACCCUCUGAAACUCCCACUUGCUUGGGAUGGCAAGCCUAUCCCCUUCUGGCUGUACAAGCUCCACGGCCUGGGUGUUGAGUUCCCAUGUGAGAUCUGUGGAAACUUUGUGUACAUGGGGCGGAGAGCGUUCGACAAGCAUUUCAACGAGGCACGGCAUAUCUACGGUCUCAAGUGCUUGGGCAUUACAAAUACUGCCCUCUUCAGGGAUAUCACAGCUAUUGACGAGGCAACGAGGUUGUGGGAAAAGAUCCAGAAGGAGAACAAGAGGGGCAAGGACGAUGCAAGCGUCGUGCAGAUGGAGGACGCAGACGGGAACGUCAUGCCUGAGAAGGUUUACUACGACUUGCAAAAGCAGGGCUUGUUAUAAAGUCGCGGCGAGCGCUCUCGACACUUGACGCCCGCCGUCCACCGUUGAGGAAUGCUGCCUGCAUUGUAACAUAGUGUU